CACGAUAGCGUUAGGCAAGGAAAGAGAGUAGUUUAGAAAGUUCACAGACGUUGAAGAGCUCUAGCUGUGACUCUGAAUAUAAUGAACCUUUCGCACGGAUGGUCCCUGCACUUCCUUGUGUUGCUCUUCGGUACAGCGCGGCCUCAAGCGAACCCUGGGAUGACAAAGUGCUACGACGAGUUGGGCUGCUUCAGCACCGGCGGUGUCUUCUACGACCCGGUACACAGACCUGUCAACUCUCUUCCUCAAGACCGCUCGAAAGUGAACACUGCUUUCAUGCUCUUCGCCCGUGAAAACGGAGCAGGACACGUCCUCCGGUGGUCAAGCAGCUUGGACGAUGUUCGAAGCUCUCCCUUCGAUGCUUCCCGAGCGACGAAGAUCAUCGUUCACGGAUUUUUGGACAACAUCUUGAUUGUCAAGUGGAUGAUGGAUAUGGCGACAGCAUUUCUCCUUGAAGGCAACUACAAUGUCUUCGUAGUCGACUGGAAAGGAGGAAAUGGCAUGCCUUACACUCAGGCAACGGCUAAUACCCGAUUAGUCGGAGCAGAAAUAGCGUUGCUUAUAACCAAGUUACAGGAAGCAUUCGGCGUUGAUCCUAUGAGCUUCCAUAUCGUGGGCCACAGUCUCGGAAGCCACAUCGCAGGAUACGCGGGAGAAAGGAUCAACAAAGUUGGCCGGAUUACGGGCUUAGAUCCAGCCGAACCUUAUUUCCAGCACAUGCCGCCACAAGUCAGGAUUGACCGAAGUGAUGCCGAUUUUGUUGAUAUUAUCCAUACGGACAGUUCUCCAUUCAAAGAGAAUUUAAUUGAGGGCUUCGGAAUGAGCGAGCCAGUUGGACACCUGGACUUCUAUCCGAACGGCGGGGAGCAAAUGCCGGGUUGUGGGGACAUCACAAAGGCGGCAAAACUUGUUCUUUCUGGACUCUCAAUCAGUGACAAAUUUGCUGCACUCACCUGCAACCACCACAUGGCAGUGCAGUACUUCUUAGAGUCCAUCAACGAGAACCGAUGUCUGCCAGUCGCCCAUGCCUGUCUCUCCAACGAGCUAUUCGAUAGUGGAUGGUGCGCCGAAUGUGGGCUCGAUGGGUCCAAGUGUGCGCCGCUUGGUUUCCACGCCGGCCGAUGGCGUCGCUUCAAGGAUGACUCCAGCUCUGUUCGAAUGUUCCUCGACACCAGUUCACGACCACGAUACUGCUUGUUCCAAUACUUCCUCUCUGUGCACAUGGCGAACAUACCUGGUGCUCCCAUAAUAAAUGGUCGCCUGUACCUAAUAUUACGUGGCACGAACGGAGAGGCAAUGUUGACUCUAACACCCAACGUCUUGAUGCUGCGGCCCGCGACGAGCUACAGAUUCACACCGACGACGCGCGUAGACGUCGGGGAAUUGAGAGCGGUGCUGUUUAGGUACGUCAGCGCCGACUUCCUGUACAGACCAAGAAUUUACGUGCAAGAGGUUAGGAUCAGCUCGAUGAACGUCGACGCACCACAGAGUAGAACAGGAGAGCCUACGGAGAGACUGUGCCCAACUGUCACGAACGGAAUUCAAUCUGAUCAGUCUGUUCAUCUGCUUCCUUGCUGACACUCGUGGAGCCUCAUAAAUAAAAUAUGUUGUAAACGAGAA